AUGCCCAAGUUCAAGGCGGCCCGCGGGGCCGGGGGUCAGGAAAAGCAUGCGCCGCUGGCCGAGCAGAUCCUGGCUGGGGAGGCGGUGCGGGCAGGAGCCCGAGAAAAACGGCGGGGUCGCGGAACCGGAGACGAAGAGGAAGAGUACGUCGGGCCCCGGCUGACCCGACGGAUUUUGCAGCAAGCGCGGCAGCAGCAAGAGGAGCUCGAGGCCGAGCAUGGGAGCGGGGACAGGCCCGCGCCGCCGCGGGAGCGCACCACGCGGCUGGGUCCAGGAGUGCCGCAGGAUGGAUCAGAUGAUGAAGAGUGGCCCACCCUGGAGAAGGCUGCCACAAUGGCAGGGCCGGGCUACCAGGCAGAGGUGGUCGUGGACCCUGAGGACGAGCGUGCCAUUGAGAUGUUCAUGAACAAGAACCCUCCUGCCAGGCGCACCCUGGCUGACAUCAUCAUGGAGAAGUUAACUGAGAAGCAGACGGAAGUCGAAACGGUCAUGUCCGAGGUAUCAGGCUUCCCUGUGCCCCAGCUGGACCCCCGUGUCCUAGAGGUCUACAGAGGGGUUCGGGAGGUGUUGUCUAAGUACCGCAGUGGGAAACUGCCCAAGGCCUUUAAGAUCAUCCCUGCACUCUCCAACUGGGAGCAGAUCCUCUACGUCACAGAGCCUGAGGCCUGGACCGCUGCUGCCAUGUACCAGGCCACGAGGAUUUUCGCCUCUAACCUAAAGGAACGGAUGGCCCAGCGCUUCUAUAACCUGGUUCUGCUUCCCCGGGUACGAGAUGACAUUGCUGAGUACAAACGACUCAACUUCCACCUCUACAUGGCCCUGAAGAAGGCCCUGUUCAAGCCUGGAGCCUGGUUUAAAGGCAUCCUGAUCCCGUUGUGCGAGUCGGGCACCUGUACCCUCCGGGAAGCCAUCAUCGUGGGCAGCAUCAUCACCAAGUGCUCCAUCCCCGUGCUGCACUCCAGUGCGGCCAUGCUGAAAAUCGCCGAGAUGGAGUACAGCGGGGCCAACAGCAUCUUCCUGCGGCUGCUGCUGGACAAGAAGUACGCGCUGCCCUACCGAGUGCUGGACGCCCUGGUCUUCCACUUCCUGGGCUUCCGGACGGAGAAGCGGGAGCUGCCCGUGCUGUGGCACCAGUGCCUCCUGACCCUGGUCCAGCGCUACAAGGCCGACCUGGCCGCGGAGCAGAAGGAGGCCCUACUGGAACUGCUCCGGCUGCAGCCCCACCCGCAGCUGUCCCCGGAGAUCAGGCGUGAGUUGCAGAGUGCCGUCCCCCGAGAUGUAGAAGAUGUUCCCGUCACCAUGGAGUGA